UGCAUGCUCUCGUCAGCUCGCACUGGAACCACCGAGGGAGGAAGUUAGCGCAGUUAGCAUUCGGCUAGCUGUCCGUGUUUUUUUCUGUUUUAUCUGUGUGCGUUGUCUCCCUGCGCAGAGCGAUGUGGUUUAUUUAUUUGCUCAGCUGGCUGUCGCUGCUGGUGCACAUCUCCUUCGUCACUCUCGCCAUCGCUGCUGGCCUGUACUACCUGGCAGAACUAAUAGAAGAAUACACAGUAGCCACCAGUCGAAUAAUAAAAUACAUGAUUGUGUUCUCUACAGGUGUGCUGGCAGGCCUCUAUAUUAUUGACGGCUUCCCAGUGCUGAUGGUGGGAACGGGUCUUUUCACCAACCUGGUGUACUUCGGGCUCUUGCAGACCUUCCCCUACAUCCUGCUGAGCUCCCCCAACUUCAUCCUCUCCUGCGUGUUGAUAGUGGUGAACCAUUACAUGGCCUUCCAGUACUUUGCACAAGAGUAUUACCCAUUUUCAGAGGUGCUGGCCUACUUCACCAUCUGCCUCUGGGUGAUCCCCUUCGCCUUCUUCGUGUCACUGUCAGCGGGUGAAAAUGUGCUGCCGUCCACCGUACAGCAAGGAGAUGACGUGGUGUCUAAUUACUUCACCAAGGGCAAGAGGGGGAAGAGGUCGGGGAUCCUCAUGGUGUUCUCUUUCCUCAAGGAGGCAGUGCUGCCCAGCCGACAGAAAAUGUACUGAGGAGCUCAGACUCUGGGUGCAGGUUCGGGGGGUCAGGGGUGAGUGUGAGAGUGUGUGUCGGAGAUUAAGGGGGAGGCUGGAAUGACUGAGACAUUUUCUGGACUGGACUAAAACUAAGCAGAGGAAAAAAUGGGGGGUGGGGCGGAGGAGGAAGAGAGGACACAAAGAGGACGGACCAAUGGACACGGGAGAGUUUUCUGCUGGACGAGCUAAGGAGUUUGCACAGGCAGCGUUUGUCUGUCUCUGUCUGGACGACAUCUACCAGAGACCUUUGCCGAUGGGAUCUUGUCUUUAGCGCAUCGCUUUUAUCAUUGUGACUCCAUUUUUAAAUCUUUGGUACAAAGGAAAUAAAUGUGCAGGUUUAAGAUUAACAACCAACAAAGAACCAGUGAUUUCUGACAUCAAACCUAUAAAUCAUUAUCAGUUUUCUUCUUGACACGACAUCCUGCUGCUCAUCAGAGUCGAUACACAAAGUAGUGGUGACAAUAGUUCAGGAGAUGAAGUACAACUGUUAAGAAGGUGGGUAGGAGGUUGGGAAAGUUUCAAGAUGCUUCCUGUCUUAAUACUGACGUCCGUGUUUUGUUGUCUUGGUGGGAAGUCAGAGAAAAAGGAUAAAAGCAGCCAAUCAGCCGCUGAAGCACUUUGGCUUAAAAUGACAUAGAUCAGUGUGUAGUUAACUUGAUAAGGAAUCAGCUUCUGAUCUGUGGAGGUAAAUUUUUGUUAUUACAAAGUAUGACAUGAGUUAAAUGCCCUCUCCUGUCGCACCACUUUGAUGAACGUGAUGUGUUUGGAUAGGAUUCAUUUUCACUUUCAAUUCGGUGAACGACAAGAGAGGAAGUCAUCGACUUGUCACCACGGACACAACGUUUCAGAUUCCCACCUGUUUUUGGACUAUUUUUUAAGAAACCACUGUAACAAACCGACUUUUUUUAUAAACACUCGCUGUCAAAGACGAAUGGAAGAAAAACGUCUGAAGAUCGAACCUGUGCAGUGACGAAGCUGCUCAAACCGGUUUGGGGAAAGUUCGAUUGAAGAGGCUGAAGUUCUUUCUAACUAUUUCUCGAGUGUGAAUAAUUGUCGCCUGUAUAAACACACAACUGUAAAAUAAAAUAAAAAGAUUUUGUUGAAAUAA